AUGGUAUCUAAUCUGUACGGAGUUCCUACUGUAAAACUUUUGGGUGUACGAGAAAUGCCUAUGAUAGGCCUUGGUACUUAUGCGAGGAAGGCUGAACCUGGCCAGUUCAGACAGGCAGUAGAAUGGGGCAUAGAAGCUGGAUACCGACUCAUAGACACAGCAUCUUUUUAUAAUAAUGAAGUGGAAGUGGGCCAAGGAAUCAACAACAAAAUCAAAGAAGGUCUUGUAACACGAGAAGAAAUCUUUGUAACUACCAAGCUCUGGAAUGAUCGCCAUGCUGAAAAUCAAGUAGUUGAAUCAUUGAAGGAGUCACUAGCUAGGUUGAACCUAGAUUAUGUUGAUUUAUACUUAGUGCACUGGCCAGUCUCAACAAAUAGUAAAGGUGAAGACACAGAAAUUGAUUAUAUGGAGACCUGGCGAGGUAUGGAAAAGUGUUGCCAGUUGGGACUGACCAAGGGUAUUGGAGUAUCCAACUUCAACGAGGAGCAACUUGUAAGAGUGUUUGAGAAUUCUACUAUUCUACCUGAAGUCAAUCAGAUUGAGAUAAACCCGACGUUAAUUCAAAGCGAAAUGGUGCGUCUUUGUGGAGAUCUUGGAAUAAUACCAGUUGCAUACACACCUUUGGGUCUCAUAUCGGAAGCCAGACCUGAGUUUAUUGGAAAGGAUAUAAUUAAAACCGAUCCUGGACUUGGAGAGCUUGCUGAGAAAUAUAAUAAGACACGCGCUCAAAUUGCUUUGAGAUAUUUAACGCAACGUGGAAUACCAGUAAUACCGAAAUCAUUUACAAAAUCUCGAAUUAUAGAGAACUUCGAUAUAUUUGAUUUUGAACUAUCAGCGAAGGAGAUGGACUUUGUAAGUAGCUUCAAUAUCAAUCAUAGAUGUGUACCGGCUACUGCUUUCAAAGGACUGAAGAAUUAUCCAUUUUAA